UAACUCUGGUACUGAACUUGUAGUCACAGCAGAUAAUCUGCCUAAAUUAGCUUCUUUUGUUUUUUUGUUUUACAUUUCGUUUUACAUUUUGUAGCAGUACAUUGCCAAGUGAAACUAGAUAGAAGCAGUGUUAGAUUUUAUAUUGAUGUAACUGCCAGAGCUGGAGCGUCAUUUUUUGACAUAAUCGGUUAUAAUAUCUCCAGAUCGGCUGACGUGAACGUUUUUUUCCCCCCUCUCGGUUACGCGUAAUUUCGGCGUGAACCAUGUGGCUGAACGCACCAUGUUUGUCAUUGGUUGACUGAACGGCAUGGCGUUUGAAUGGGAACAGGAAGACUUCUACCAGUUAGCUCACUAGCUAAGCGGUAGCGUACUCCAUUUUUACAGUUCAAGUCUUUUUAGAGUUUUUAAGUCUUAUAGCCACUUAUAGACAUUAGUUUGAAUUAAAUGUUUUAAUCAGCAGUUGACAUGAGGUUUCAAGACCGAAUUACAUUAAGGACAUGACUCUGAAAUAAACAUCUGUCCGAGGAGGCAGGGAUCAGUCUGAUGAGGCGGCACCUACAGCUGGCAGGAUGCAGCAGAAAAGGAACAUCCAGAUCAUCGAGUGGGAGGACCUCGACAAAAGGAAGUUCUACUCCUUUGGGGUGUUCAUGACGAUGACCAUCCGGGCCACCAUCUACCCGGCCACACUCAUCCGCACUCGGCUGCAGGUGCAGAGGGGCAAAUCACUCUACAGCGGCACCUUUGACGCCUUCUUCAAGAUCCUGCGGGCGGAGGGCGUACGAGGUCUCUAUCGUGGCUUCAUGGUCAACACCUUCACGCUCAUCUCGGGCCAGGCUUACAUAACCACCUACGAGCUUGUGAGGAAGUACGUCUCCCAAUAUUCCGAGGACAAUACGGUCAAGUCGCUGGUGGCAGGCGGCUCGGCCUCCCUAGUUGCUCAAAGCAUCACUGUUCCCAUAGAUGUUGUCUCUCAGCAGCUGAUGAUGCAGGGCCAAGGGGAGCACCUCACCCGUUUUCGACUGAAUUGCAACACAGAGACUAGAAAGCCCAAAAAAGUGUUUGGCCAAACCAGGAACAUUAUGGCUCAGAUUUUUGCUGCUGAUGGCUUCCGGGGCUUCUACAGGGGAUAUGUGGCUUCUUUACUCACUUAUAUCCCAAACAGCGCUGUCUGGUGGCCUUUCUAUCAUUUUUAUGCUGAGCAACUCUCUAAACUGGCUCCCAGUGACUGCCCUCAUCUGAUUCUGCAAGCCAUGGCUGGACCUCUAGCUGCUGCUACUGCCUCGACUGUCACCAACCCGAUGGAUGUAGUUAGAGCCAGAGUACAGGUUGAGGGGAGGACUUCAGUCAUCGAAACAUUCAGGCAGCUGAUCAAAGACGAGGGCUUCUGGGGAUUGACCAAAGGACUGUCGGCACGCAUCAUUUCAUCCACACCCACUGCCAUCGUCAUGGUGGUCGGCUAUGAGACGCUAAAAAAACUGAGUUUGCGACCGGAGCUGGUGGAUUCGAGACACUGGUAGAAGAUUCUUGGACAGACAAUACAUGGACCAUGUGCCAUGUGCCAUGUUAGCCCUCAGCCCCAAAUUAGACUUCCUGUGAAAGCACUGGAUGAAUGAGAGGUUUGUUUUAAAUAACAGCCUGGGGAAAAACAUGGACUCUGGCCACUCUAAACACACUAACUGUGACUUUAAACCUGUAUGUGACCAUUCAUACCAACCUGUUAGUUAUAGAUUAAAUAUCUGACCAUUAAAAUUCAUACCCAGGUUCGUGUCGCUGCUUAACAGGGUUGUGGCUUUUUAGUGCAAAUGAAAAUGGAGACUGGAACAUAGAUGCAACCUUGUAGGAUUAAUUUUCUCUCUUUUGUCAAGGCACAUUCUACAAUCAUGUUUGAGCAUCUUUGCAGUGGAGAAAAGUAGAAAUUGAUUGCUGACAGACCGUUAUUACCUUCGAUCGUUUGUGCUGUCCUACCAAAGUCGAGCCCUGCUUGGCCCACAUAAAAACCUGGUUUUAAUCAGGGUUUGGAAGAGGCGUCAUAUACUGUAACUCAUGAUGAUGCAUUCACAUGACCAGUAAUCCAAUCUCUCCUUACGCUCACUAAACUGGCUUCUGUGUCUGCUCUGCAGUUCCUUUCGCUUAGCCUUUUUAAAAUGAUGCCUUCAUAGUGUGAAACUAUAUACAUACAUACAUACAUACAUUAGACAUACAGUGCAACAUUUUAUCAGCUUUUUUGUAACAUACUAGUUUGCUGUCUUAUUGGCAUUGUAGAAAACAUUGCAGUGAUCAAGCUAGUUAAUAAAUGGCUGAUUUUGUGUACUGGUAACUAGCAGGAAGUUUUUAAGUUAUUUCCAUUAUGGUGGGCUCCCAGUCAAGACCUGUGAGGAAAAGGGGACUGAAGGGCAGGAAGCACAACUAAUGCUGUUUUGCUGUUGUGACAGUAAAUGUUGGAGUGCAAUAAUGUAAAUGUUUUAACCUUCCUUAUUCUCAUCACAAAAUGUGAUUGUAUAUUUCCUGUAAAUUGUGUGAAUAACAAAAGAAUGCAUUUUACCUAAUUUAUUUUUUAGUUUGCUUUUUGGCUUGAAGUGUAUUUUGGGAUUGUGACCACAGAAGUGUCCAAACUGCAAAAUUUCACAUUGUCAUGUUUGUUUUUCAUUUAACAUGAAUAACUGAGUAUUGUGGCUCACGCAGCUUGUUGCUUUAAAAAAAAAAAAAAAAAAAA